AUGAGUCUGGGUAUCAUGGAAGAGGAAGAUCUGGCCGAGUACUUCCUGCUGCAGUAUGGGGAGCGGCUGCUGCAGAUGCUCCAGAAACUCCCCAAUGUUCAGGGACAGUCGGAGUCCCCAUGCAUCCGGCUACUGGAGGAAAAGGCGCUGAAAAUCAUGCUUCAUAAUAUCCUGCAGAAGAAGAAGAUGUGUCAGCGCAGAAUGGAAGCCCUGAACCUGCGCUGGGAGGAACUGAGCGUUAAGGAAGCCCAGCUGAUGGCUCGCCUCCAGUUCAUCCAGGAGAACAACCAGAAAUGGAUCCAUGCCAUCAAGAAAGCCAACAAGGAACGAGAACUCAAGCGCCAGCACAUGCAGGAGCUGACCAAGGGCAAGCAGGAGAUGGUGGUGCUGCGGCUGGAGCACCAGCGGCUGAGCGCCAAGCUGCAGGGCUACUCCAUCUUCAACAAGUACCUAGAGAAGGUGGUGGAGAACUCCGAGGUGAGUCCAAGGAGCCUGGGGGGCUGGCCCUGGCACCUUCCUCAGCCCCACCUCCUCUUCCCCCGGCCCUGGGGCCCUGGGGUGGAGUUCAGGCUCAGCUGGCUGGGGACUGUGGAUCCUCUGGGCCCCAUGGGCUCUGCAGGAUGGGCACCCUGCUCUGAGGAGAUGCAGCCAGCCCUAGGGGGCAGUGGGGAGCAGCUAAAAGAAGCCUCUGGACAGCCCUGCCACUGGCGCGUCCUGUGCUGGUGA